AUGCUAUGGGAUGGUGCGAGCACAGGCCUGCCAAGACACUCUGAGCGGGUCCUGGUUGUGAUCGAGAUGCGCGAACACGAGGACCUGGAGGUGGUGCUCCGCUCUAGCAUACAUUUGCUCGAGCCGCGUACGUGGGCUCUUCUUCUGGUUUGUGGUGAGCGGAACAAGACCUUCGUCGAGCAGAUUGUGAGGAGGUGGUCCUUUGUUCACCUUCAUUGCUUACCGAUAUCCAACUUCAGCCGCGAAGGGUACGCCAACUUCCGCAGAUCUCAGGAAUUGUUGUCGUGGAUCGAGGGUGCUGGUGGCAAGCUGGCGCUUUUCCUGGAAUGUGACUCUCUGCUUCUGCGCUCUGGCGUCGAAAGCUACUGCAGCUAUGACCUGGUUGGAGCACCCUGGAGCUGGGCAGAGGAUGCAACCUGUGUUGGCAACGGCGGCUUUUCUAUUAGGCGUUGCGAGUUCCUUCGCGCCGCUUUGGACUACAUGCAGGCAACGUGUGCCGGUGAAGUGGCAAGCCCCUGGCCUUCUCGCAACGAAGACAUCUGCUUCGCUCGAGCAGCUGCAGACCUGGCGGCACACAUUCCGUCCCGGGAGGUGGCGCAAGAAUUCUCGGUGGAGACUAUAUACCAUCCGGCUCCAAUCGGCUGCCACAAGCCGUGGCAAUAUCUCCUGCCGUCGGAUAUGCUACGAUUGCUGACGAUUUGGGAGCCGGCAGACUGA